UGUUCCGUAUUUCGUUCCAAUUGUGUACCAUAUGACCGAAAGAGUAUAAAAAUUCAGAACGGAAUAGCUCCAAUAGCUCGUUUAUUUCCGACUAAGUGACUUCCUAUAAAUUUUUUCCGUUCUAUUUUUUCGAUCUGUUUGUGAUCGUGCCCUGAGAAGUGAGAAAUUUCACAGAAUGGCGUAUGGACUAGCUUAACAUGUCCACUGAGCCACAACAGCACCAAACCAAACCAAAGAAGUGAGAAAUUUGUUACAAUUGACAAGUUUAUCACGUGAAUAAUGAAUAAAACAACAUUUACGUCGAUUGUUGAACAAAGUAUACGAUUGCGAUUACGAUAUAAAAACACAAUUUCUACGAGACAGAAACAAAAACAAACUCCGUCUGAAUAUUGCCUACAGCUUGUUAGGAAAAAUGAUUAUGAGAACUUUCUGUGUACUUUAUUACUGCCUCAUGUAAUUAAAUCAGCAGCAUUUGCUAUACGUGCAUUUAAUGUUGAAGUAGCUCAAGUAGAAGAUCAAGUGAGUGAUGGUAAGAUAGGAACUAUGCGACUACAGUUUUGGACAGAUGCUCUGAAUGAUGUUUACAAUGGUUAUCCGCCAAGAAGUCCUGUAGCACUGGAGUUACACAGGAUUCUUCAACGACACAAGCUCUCCAAGCAUUACUUCAAGCGUUUGAUUGACGCUCGCUUAAAUAAGUUAAAUAGUUCAAUAUUUGUGAAUUUAGAAUCGCUUGAGAGCUAUAGCGAUUAUACUAUGUCAUCGAUCUAUUACUUGUUGUUAGAAGCACAAGGUACGAUGGAUAUAAAUGCAGAUCACGCAGCCAGCCAUUUCGGCAAAGCACAUGGUCUUGUCACUUUGAUACGUUCUAUACCAUAUAAUGCUAGAAAACGAAUUAUGGUGUUGCCGCAAGAUAUUUUACUGAAGAAUAGUGUCUCUUUUGAAUCCAUUUUUCAAGGACAACCAAGUCCAGGACUUAAGGAUGCAAUAUUUGAAGUUGCGUCUUGUGCCAAUCAACACUUGGAAAUGGCUACGUCGCUUAAAAAGGCAGCAAAAAGCAAUUUGGAUGUAAUAUUUUUGCCAACGGUUUGUGUGGAAAACUAUUUAGAGGAAUUGAGGAAAGUAGACUUUAAUGUUUUUCAUCCAGUACUUCAGAGAAGAAAAGGCACUCUUCCUUUACAAUUACUUUGGCGAAAAUUAUGGUCUUAGUGUGAUUAACGAUCCAAAAUAUAUUUAAGAUAGUAUAUAAAUAUACACCAACCAUUUCAAUAUAUUGUACUUUUCAUAAAUGUAGACAUGUGUGGUUCAAAAUGUGGACUCUGCAUCUGCGUCAUAGAGCGCAACUCCAUGGCUGCGUUCCGUUUCACGCAUAUGCGCGCAUGUAUCUAUAGUACACGUUACGUAUAGUAUAGAUAAAUGCGCGCAUAUGCGUGAAACGGAACGCAGCCACAGCUAUGUGUACCUUUGCUAUGUUAAGGUCGAAGCACAGACUUUUACAUAAUGCAUAACGCAUAAGAUAUAAAGGGUCUUCUACAAUGAGAUAUUAGUAAUAAAUCAGAAG